CAUAUCAUCUUCACUCCCUGUGCUACUAACCUCACUGCUCACCUUAGUUCCAAACCACAAAAGAUUUUCGUUAGCAAUAGCAACUAAGCUCCAAUGGAGGAAUUCAAGAAGUCUUCCGGGGGCCUGAUGUCCAGCGGCAAGGUGGUCACGGACGCAGCCAUGUCGGCGUUCGAGACGAAGAGCAUCGAGAACAUCGACAAGGAAAAGGUCGCCGGCGCCUCUGCCGAGAUCCUGGACUCCACUUCCAAGUACGCCAAGCUAGAGGACAAGCCGGCCGGGCAGUACCUCGAGAAGGCCGAGGUGUACCUGAAGCAGUACAGCUCCGGCGGCGCCGAGAAGGAGAAAACUGACGUACCUGCUGCCGCUGACGCGCCGAAGCCGGCAGCGGAGGAGGCACCCAAGGAGCCAGCGCCAGCGCCUGCGCCUGCCGCGGAGGAAGGCAAGUCAUCCGAUGGAUUCGGUCUCGACGACGUCACGAAGGGGGCCGAAUCGCUCAUGGAGAAGAAGAGUGGUGGAGAGGAGAGUGGCGGCGGUGGGUUCAUGAAGAUGGCCCAGGGAUUCAUGAAGUAGAAGUCGGUUUACUGCAUAUGUAUGCACGUAGCUCUUGCUAAGUUUGUGUGCUGUUUCCCUUAUCCCUUACGUAUUUAAUUACCGUUCUGAUGUGGUUAAUUAUGUUGAGUGCUGAUAUUUGGGUCUGUAAAGGUGCUUGAAGUAUCCAUGUGUAAUGAAUAAUCCAGUUGUGCUA